AUGCUGCUUGUCAAAGCCCGCGCAAUCCGAGAGGCAGCCAACUUGCCGCAGUGUCUGUGGGGUGAGGUCCUGCACUAUGUUGUUCAUAUUGACAACAUGUGCUCAACGAAAACUGUCGGAGGCAUGACGCCGUAUCAGAAGCUGUGGGGCAAGAAACCCGACCUCAAGAACCUGAAACGGCGAUCUGUUCGUUUUCGAGAGGAUGUAGCUGUUGGGAGCGACUAUGUGGAGAAGUUGCUGGCCAAGCGCUAC